AUGGAUCGACUAAGAGCAAUUAGACCUCCAGCUUUUUUUGUUGCGAUUUUAAUUUUUGGUUGCGUGAAUGGUGAAAUACAACAAAGAGCAGCCAAACAAUUGGUUGAUGAACCAACAGUGACUAAAGAUAAAGAAUCAAUUUUUACCAAAGAAUGUAAUAAAUCAUACAGUCUAACGUGUCUCAAACUUGAUGCUAUAUCAUUCGUUGAAAAGCUAUCAGAAACUCCGAAUAUUGGAAUCCUUCCUGGUGUAUCAGUCAUUAAAGAAAACGUUUCAAAUGAUAUGUCUACACCUGAAGUUGUUGCCAAUCUGGCAAGAGAUUUUCCAAAUGAUAUCAAUAAGAGAUUAGAUGCUUAUCUGAUGCACAAAGUUGGAAAUUAUUUGAGCAGUCAUUCAAUUUCCAUCAAGCUUUUUGAUUCUAAGACUUUGGAAGAUGCAAGAAGCCUCAGCGAAUCAGGAUUUGGAUUGUUUAAAAAAUCGGAUGCUGAAACUGGUCGUAAAAAGGAUAAAGGGGGUAUGUCUGGCUUAGCGGCAGGAUUGAUGAUGAUGAAGGGAACUUUAGGAGCGUUGGGAUUUGGAGCUCUUGCAAUGUUAGCAGGAAAAGCUUUAAUGACAGGGCUAAUGGCUUUGAUGUUAUCAGCCAUCGUUGGUCUUAAAUCAUUAGCGAGUGGUGGUGAAAAAAAAACUACGUAUGAAGUAAUUGCCAAACCAGUUUAUACAUCGUCUCAUUCACACAGUAGUGAAGAUCAUCAUGGACAUGGAUAUGGAGGAUCUGGAUAUGGAAGAUCGAUUGAUAUUCCUGAAGCAUUAAUUCAAGAAAGUAUUAGCAAGUAUGCAAAUGUAAGAGGUCCAAGAAAUCUUUAA